UCAUCAUAUUCUUCCUGUGGCUAUAAAUUUACAUUCUAGAAAAGUUAUUCUUAAUGCAAUCUGUUCUUGGUGUAAUAGGCAUUUGGAAAUAGUUUCCCACUCGUUACUCGAUUGUUCUAGAGUUAGGAAAUUGUGGAAACAUUCACUGUUUUAACAUUUUUUGUUGAGUUAUCAAUGUCUAGAUAUUAAACAGUUUAUACUGACUUGUUUUGAAGAAUUGAAUAGCUUUCAUUGUGAACUAAUAUGUGGGUUUCUUUGGGCAAUAUGGAAUCAAAGGAAUAAUCAUCUUUUCGAGAAAUCUAACUGUGUCUUUGAGAAAGUUUUCAAUUGGUUAUCAUCAUAUUUAUAGGAUUAUACAAAAAGUCAAAGGCAAAUAAGCAUAGGGUGUCAACAAAGGCAACAAGUAAAUAGAACUGGUGGUUAGAAACAUCCUCCAGCUGGAGGUUUGAAACUUAAUACAGAUGUUGCUUAAGAUAUUAAGAAGUCAAGCACAAGCUAUGGUGCUAUUGUUAGAAAUGUUGAAGGCAGAAUAGUGGCUGGUUGUUGAAAGCCUUUAAUUAGUAGAGGCGAUGGCUUUACAACAUUCUUUUACUUGGUGUCGUGUGACUGGUUUGCCUAUUUCUCAUAUCGAGCUAGACUCUAAGGUUGUUGUGGAUAGGGUUUUAUCUCCUAAAGAUGACUCUUAGCCUUAUCGGAUGUUGAUAAAGAAAUUAUAUAUCUUUAUCCUUUCUCCAAAUGUAAUUAUUUCCUAUGUUUUUAGAGAAGCUAAUUGUUUGGCAUAUAAAGUUGCUAGAAAUGCUUUAGGGUGGAUAAAGAGUUGGUAUGGAAUGGAGGUAUGCCAUGUUUUGAGUUGUAAUUUAUAUUCACACUUACGCAACUUUCCGAAAAAAAAAAAAAGUUGGAACCAAAAGUUUUGUCUUGAAAGCUAGGUUAGGAAUACUAACCUAGAGGCAGAAAAUAUUGUUUAAUCAUGAGGAAGUAACACUCAAAGCUAGAACAUUUAUUUAUUUUAUGUUUGUCUUACUCCUUGUGCGAUUAAUUGCUUUAAGCACUAGAAAUGGAAAACCCCCGACUGUCCAAAUAUGAAACUUGACAACUUUGUUGUUCCGAUAAGCACUGUCCAAGGCUUAUAGGCUUCAAUCCUUUAACUAUAAAAAAGAUUCCCCCACUUCCUCUCUCUUUCCGUAGCCUUAAAAGUUCAACUUUUCCACUUAAUUCAACAGUUGACCAAACGUCUGUUCUAAUCCAUUUUCUCAUUUCGGACUUUUCUCAAAGCCUCCUCCAGUUUAAGACAAAACUUACCAAACCAAACCAAAUCACACUGUUGGUUUCAUUUUUUCUCUGUAAUUUCUCCAAUCUCAACCAAGCUUUGCUUUUUUAUCACGUUUCUCUUCUGUCCAAGUCUGCAUCUGGGUUGUUUUUUUCCCUAUCAGCUUAUUCCUUACACCUGAACUGAUUGGAUUUUUCUGAUCCAAAAUCUCUAGUUUUUCUAAAUCCCUGUCUCUGAAACUCAGUAUAUUCUGCUUAUUGUUUCCAAAUUAUUUACCUGGGUUUGGUUCCAGUUGAAGAUUCACUAACUGUUUUUUCUUUAAUCCAAAUUGAUCGAUUAGUCUUCUUCUUUUGACUCAUAAAUGGGUUGUUGUGCAAGCAAAAACGGAGGCCUGGAACCACAGUAUAAUGGUUACAGAUCAGGAGGAGGAGAAGGAGGUGGUGGUGGUGGGGUUCACUACCAGAAGCCUAACGAGCCAAUUGUCCAUCAAUCCAAGGCCCAACAAGCUCAACAAUCUCACCAAUUACCGGAAAAGCGUCCGGCGGCAGCCCAUUCAGAGCCUCAACCUGGGUAUAAGCCUUAUGUUCCCGCCAGAAGCCCAAAACAUGCUAUGAGGUCUGAUACAAUUCUGGGGAAGCCAUUUGAGGAUGUUAAGCAGUUCUACUCCAUUGGAAAAGAGUUGGGUAGAGGUCAGUUUGGUGUGACUUAUCUCUGUACUGAGAAUUCAACUGGUCGCCAAUUCGCUUGCAAAUCCAUAUCGAAGAGAAAACUGGUUAGCAAGAAUGAUAAAGAGGAUAUGAAGAGAGAGAUUCAUAUUAUGCAGCAUUUGAGUGGCCAACCAAACAUUGUCGAGUUUAAAGGAGCUUAUGAGGACAAGCAGUCGGUUCAUUUAGUUAUGGAACUUUGUGCUGGUGGGGAGCUCUUUGAUCGGAUUAUCGCAAAGGGUCACUAUAGUGAAAGGGCUGCUGCUUCUAUUUGCAGGGCAAUUGUUAAAGUUGUUCAUAACUGUCAUUUCAUGGGGGUUAUGCAUAGAGACCUCAAACCAGAAAAUUUCUUGCUCUCUAGUAAGGAGGAAAAUGCCCUUUUGAAAGCAACGGAUUUUGGGUUGUCUGUGUUCAUUGAAGAAGGUAAGGUGUAUCGGGAUAUUGUUGGGAGUGCUUACUAUGUUGCUCCUGAAGUGCUGAGACGCAAAUACGGAAAAGAAAUAGAUGUUUGGAGUGCAGGAGUUAUGCUGUAUAUUUUACUCAGUGGUGUACCUCCAUUUUGGGCUGAAACAGAGAAAGGGAUCUUUGAUGCCAUAUUGCAAGGGGAAAUUGACUUUGAUAGUCAACCAUGGCCUUCUAUUUCUAGCAGCGCCAAAGACUUGGUUCGGAAGAUGUUGACUCAGGAUCCUAGAAAACGAAUUACCUCGGCUCACGUUUUAGAACAUCCUUGGCUAAGAGAAGGUGGAGAAGCUUCGGACAAACCCAUUGACAGUGCAGUUCUUUCUAGGAUGAAGCAAUUCAGGGCAAUGAAUAAGCUGAAGAAACUUGCUUUGAAGGUUAUUGCGGAAAAUCUGUCCGAAGACGAAAUCCAAGGGCUGAAAUCAAUGUUUACCAACAUAGACACUGACAAUAGUGGCACUAUCACUUAUGAUGAACUGAAGUCAGGAUUGGCCCGACUAGGUUCUAAACUCACGGAGGCUGAAGUGAAACAACUUAUGGAAGCUGCUGAUGUGGAUGGGAAUGGAACAAUUGACUACAUAGAAUUUAUAACGGCUACUAUGCAUAGACACAGGCUAGAGAGAGAAGAACAUCUUUACAAGGCUUUUCAAUUUUUUGACAAGGACAGCAGCGGGUUUAUCACUAGAGAUGAAUUAGAAACAGCAAUGAAAGAUUACGGUAUGGGUGAUGAAGGUACAAUCAAGGAAAUAAUUUCUGAAGUGGAUACGGAUAAUGUAAGUCAAUCUUUCAUUGCAGUUCUACCUCAGCAUUGUAAAUUACAAUGUGACUUUCUAACUGUCUUCCGGUAUAACAGGACGGUAGAAUCAACUAUUCAGAAUUCUGUGCAAUGAUGAGAAGCGGAACACAGCCGGGAAAACUCUUUUAGAUGAAUUAUCUGUAUGUUACCAUUCUAAAUAUUAAAGAGAGCAUGCAUAAAUAGUAAGUCACUUUCAACCACACUUUGGGAAAAGCUUAUGUACACAAAUGCUAUCGGGCUAAGAAAGGAUGAAUUCCAUUGCCAUUGAACAUAGGGGGCCUUCAUUUUGGAUUUAUUUUGAGUUUGCAACUUUAACAGUUGUGCAUAUCGCCAUCUUUAAUUAUUUUGUUUUUUUUAAUGAAAGUAUACCAACGUGUUGAUGUUUGAAGAAGUAAUCAUUACAAUAGAGAUGUAUUUAAAAUCAUACUCCUGUUUGACAGAUCCAGCUAAAAAUUGAAGGCUCUAUAUGGUGUUGAUUUUUUGAGGAAA